UGCAGCCAGGAAUACCAAAGUGCUUGUUUUCACAAAGGACAAAUGCGUAUUUUACGCAUUACGCGCGAUCCAGAAGUCCAUUUUCUGCACUUUGCACGGCUCUCCCUUUAAAGUUUCAAUCAGUAGACGUGAUUACUGAGUUGAACUUUGAGACCUACUAGAUAGCAGACGUAUUGGAGCAGCAGUGUUGUGUCAUCACAGAUCAAAAGGCAACGGGGUGACACACUUUAAUGACCUCCGUCCCUCGGUGGCAGUGGAGAGGACGCUGGCUUCUAACAUGCCUCGCUUCACAACCAAGCGUGUUUAGCAGAUAAUAUUUCGAUCUGGACAUUUCUUUCUAAAAAAAAAGAGGUCAAACAAUUCGUUUUUAACAAUGAGGCCUCCGGUGGACGUCUGCGUGUUAAUCCUUUCUCUCUCGGCUCCUGGAGUUUUGAAGGCCAUGAACAACAUCCCUGCACUUCAGGAACCUCUUCCUAUCCUGGGAAUGGGAAUGGUCGUCCUGGGACUUGUUAUUCUUCUCCUCCUCCUCACUGUUCAAAACCAGAAGAAAGUGGACCCCUUAUUCUAUGUAUUUGCAGGGUUUUCCUUCACCUGCAUGGUGGGUCUGACCAAUGCUUUAGAGCAGGAUGGGUUCAUCUCUGGCUUCAUGGCCUUCUACCUAAAGACGGGUGAGCCUCAUCUAAGAACCGCCUACGCUGUGAUGAUGUCUUACUGGGAUGGCAUCGUUCACUUGCUCCUCUUCCUCACCAUCAUCCACCGCAUGUUCAAAGGGAAGUCCUAUCGUAGCCUGGGGCUGCUGUGGGCCGGCUCCUCCAUCGGCCAUCAAAUUGUUCACAUCCCAGGAGUGGCUAUUGGUAAAUACGGGUCUAACAUUCAACCAGCCUUUUGGAGGAACGUCCCAUUCUUCUUGGUGCCUUUCUGGGCGGCCUCGCUGCUCUUUAGCCGACCCAGAGAGAUGCCAGUCAUAACAGCAGACAAGAUUAUAGCCGAGCAGAAGAAAGGAUUGCUGUCUCGACCUGUUGACCUGCUUCUGUCUCUUCUGUUACUCGGAGCAAUGGCCUUCUCUGUUUUCAGAGGCUUUGUGGUGCUGGACUGUCCUCUGGACGCCUGUUUCACCUAUGUCUACCAGUACGAGCCCUACCUCAAAGACCCAGUUGGCUUUCCAAGAGUUACAAUGCUGGUGUAUUUUUUCUAUGCUCUGCCCCUGCUGACUGUCUUCACCUAUGGUCUGAAAACACCUGGAUGCAGCUGGAUGUUGGACUGGACCGUCUUCUUUGCUGGGGCCAUGGCUCAGACCCAGUGGUGCCAUAUCGGAGCAUCUCUGCACUCUCGCACUCCCUUCACGUACCGAGUCCCAGCAGACAAAUGGUGGCCUGUUAUCACCCUCAAUGUGCUGCUGGCUGCUGUGCCGGCUCUGCUGGCCCUGCGCUGCCGCAACAACCCCGCUUAUUUUCUGAAACCUGUUCCCGAGGGACAGACCAGCAACGAGAAGAAGAAAAACUAGACCACACACCAGCCACGGACUGUUGAGGAAUACUUCACGCUGUGACAAGGCUAAUGUUUUCUGGGGACUCUCUUUGGCAAACAAACUGCAUUAAACACACUUUAUCAACUUCAAACUCAGAUGAAAUCUUAAAAAAUGUUACUCUCUGAAUCAACUGUUUAAAAUCAGUCACCUCGCGCAGCAGCAGCAGCACUCCCUGCAUGGACUAUUGGAACCUGAUAAGAAGGCUGUUGAUGGUGUUGAGGACUGUGAUCAGCUUUCGGGUGACUCAUGCAGAUUCCUAGUUGGUAUCUUCCCAAACUAAGACUAUUAACCUGGAUCAUACAGUUUGGCAACACACUACUGGAGAGUAACAGUCAGCAUUAUGCAUCUUUUUGUAUGCAGAAAUCCACACCACAACUCCACAGCUGGAAGUUUGUUUUUACUGAUCUAAAAUUCAGUUUAAAAACUGUGAAUAUAAGAAGAAGACUCGCUGAAUGCUUAAAAUGCUGAAUAAGAGUUGAUGAUAAGUUAGAUAAUAGCAGAUGCUAUUCAAAUGGAGAAUUUGAUGAAGGAAAAACUCAACCUGGUGUCCUAUAUUGUGUCAAAUAUUUGAUGACUUUCAUUACCGGGGCAGCAACCAACAAUUACAUUCUUAUUAAUUGUUUAAUCAUUUGGUCUAGAAAAUAAUGAAAAAUGUCCAUCAUAAUUUCCAAAAGCUGAUGAUUGAAAAAAAAAACUCCUCACAUUAGAGAAGCUGAAACCUGAGAUUUAGUGUAUUUUAAGUGACUUAAAUGAUUGAUAUGAUAUGAUAUGAUGAUAAAUGAUUCCACUAUAAUUCUGACUGCAUCUUAGAGUGGUUUUCCAUGUUUUUAUGUUCCACUUUAUUUUGUACAGUAAAAAGAAAUGGAGCACUGAAUUGGGCUUGUUUUUGUAUUCACGGGAUACAGAUUAUUAGAGCCAGGUAUUGGCUGGUAGUGUCUAAAAAAAAAAAAGAAGUUGAUCAUGAAACCGAGCAGUUUGCUGGAGGAUUAUCUCUUCAGAUGUCAAUAUUGUCUCCGGUUAGCAGUCAUUGUGUCCUGUGAGGUGAACCGCUGGCCCAGUUAACUCUGCUGCAGUUGGCAAACUGAUAAGAGCUGAACCCUGGAUUUAGGUGAGCCACAACAGCAAACAUAAUGUAUUACACGUGAAUCAGCUGUCCGUGUAAUUCUCUCAUGGUGGAUCAACAUGGUUGCCCUUUUCUCAUCAGUUGUGGGCUGAAGAUCAUCUUUUAUAUUUAAAAGUUACACAGUGUUUUUUUAAAAUGGAGGAUACCAAUGUUUUUAGAUGCAGUGACCUGAAAUUUGAUGCUUUUGGUUGAUUGCAUUUAACACCCAAUUUAACACCCAAUAGAAUGUAGUCAUGGUAGAGGAGAGAAAAGUAAAAGAAAAUCAUCAUUUUUAGGCCACAUGCAAGUGGUUUCAAAUGAAUACAAAUGUACACCAAUUUUGUUUUAUUAUACAUAAAAUAAAAACAUAUUCCAAACAGAAGAUUUUAGGGAAUUAUUCAUGACUCCCAUACAGGGCCAAAAGGGUUUCCUGGACUUAAAGACGAGUGUGUAGGAUUAAGUGGCAUAUAGCGAUGAGGUUCCAGAUUGCAAUUAACUAAAUAACCCUGUUAUAAUAAUAAUCCAAGUGUGCAGGAGCACGUACCGUAGCUUUCAGGAAGGCCCUCUGUAGAGCUGGUGUUUGGUUUGUCCGUUCUGGGCUACUGUAGAAACAUGGCAGUGCAACAUGGCAGGCUCCAUGGAAGAGGACCCAUUCUAAGAUAAUGAAAACAUAGUUCUUAGUUUCAGGGUAUUAUACACUAAUGGAAACAAAGAAAAAAAUAUUAAUAAUUUAUUACAUUUCUGCGAAUAUCCCCUAAAUUCUACACACUGCUGCUUAAAAAUCCUCACUAUGGCCCUAAUUAAAUCCAGUUUAGAUAGAAGUGAAGAAUGAUAGAUAUAUUUCUGUGGUUGAACUUCCGUAUCAGAUUAAAAUCAAACUGUAAUUCA